AUUAUUUAUUCAGAUGAUUUUUGUGUGGGGAGAAUUAACACAAAAAUAGAUGUUAUAUUCAAAAUUUAACCGAUUGUAGUAUUUAAAUCUACCACCCCCGUAACACAGAAGGACUUGGUCUCGUCUUGUCCGAGGGCGAAUAGCAAAUGGCUCCUUCGUGGUAAAGUAGUGCACUACAUAGGACACUAAUCUAUGACGUUAUUUCCUGUCUGUAGCGCUAAUGAAAGGUAGCAUGUAGAGAUUUGGGAUUGAGCCGAUGUUCACGGAUAGCAAACAGGAAGUGCACCGUGUUUUGGAGAGUGUUUUUGAUUCAGUCGGUGAAAGCAGUAAUAUUUUGAUGAUUCGCCUGAAGUCGCUGUAAAGGAAGCGCUGUGCAGAAAAGUGCUAGUUAUGCGCUAACCCGUUUUAUUAGCCGAUUAGCUGAUUAGCAUUGAGGUGUGGAGGUGAUCCGGCCAUACAGUGUGUUUGGCUGAUCUCACAGCGUCAGCAUGGGAGCAGAGAGCAGCGGGCUGAGGGGCUGUGUGCUUGAAGAGCCGUCCGUGACGCUCCCUUCAGGCCUCACCAUGUACUCCGCUGUGCUGCAGGAUGGAAAACCAGCCUCUGUCUUCGUCUACAAGCAGGGCAAUGAAGACAAAGUGAACAAAGCUGCCAAGCACCUGAAAACUCUGAGACACCCGAGUUUGCUGCGCUUCCUGUCGUGCUCCGUGCAGGAUGGAGGCAUACACUUGGUGACGGAGAGGGUGCAGCCUCUGGAGCUGCUGCUGGAGAAUCUCACACCUGAGGAGAUCUGCGCUGGUAUCUAUGAUCUGCUGCAGGCCCUUGUGUUCCUCCAUGACAGGGGAAAAUCAAGCCACAACAAUGUGUGCAUGUCCUCUGUAUUCGUUAGUGAUGACGGACACUGGAAACUUGGCGGGAUGGAAACGGUUUGCAAAUUUUCUGAAGCAACACCAGAGUUUCUCACCAGUGUUCAGACAGUAAGAGAGAGCAGCGCUGUGCCUCCUGAGGAGAAGCUUGGCGGGUUCAAGACGCUUCCCGAAAAACACGCCCACGCGCGGGAUGCCUUCUCUUUCGGCGUGCUGGUGGAGGCCCUCAUCCCCUUGCUGAGCAGUUACGUGUCUGAUGAGCUGCUCGAGAGUCUGAGGAGCACGCUGCAGGUCAGCCUGUUACCCUCUGACCCCACGGUGCGGCCGGCGCUCAGCAGUCUACUGACUCACGAGUUUUUCAGGAAUGACUUUCUGGACAUCAUGAACUUUCUAAAGAGUUUGACUUUAAAAUCCGAGGAGGAAAAGCACGAGUUUUUUAAAUUUCUACUGGACCGAGUUCACAGCCUCCCUGAGGAACUAAUUGGCACUCGUUUGGCUCCUAAACUGUUAAAUUCUCUGGUAUUUGCUGAACCCACCGCUGUGAAAAGCUUCCUGCCUCACCUGUUACAGCCCAAAAAGGAUUCAGCUGUACGAGUUGGGGAGGAGUGCCUGCUGUCUAUGCCACUGUACCGGAGACACGUGGUGCCACAGCUUCUGAAGCUCUUUAAAGUGAACGAGGAGCAUGUCCGUAUGGUGCUGCUCUCCCAUAUCCACGUCUAUGCCGAGUUCUUCUCAAAUGACGAGCUCAAGAACCAGAUCCUACCUCAGGUGUUGCUGGGAAUGAGAGACACAAACGAUGCUCUGGUUGCCAUGACGCUCCAAAGCCUGGCAGUCCUGGUGCCGUUACUGGGAGCGCAGGUGGUGGUGGGUGGAGAGAGGACCAAAGUCUUCAAACGUACCACACCAAACUUCACCAAGUCCACAGAGGUUACGCCUGAAAACUCACCAGUUCAUAUUGUUGGAGCAUCUUUGCCCCGUAGUUCGCAGCCCUCCAAGGUUAAAAGUCUGUUGCCUAAGCACUUGGAAGGAGGAGAGCUGGUUCUGGAGAAGCUGAAGUCUCUCCAGUCAGUCGGAAGAGAUGCUGCUGCCCAUCUGCCCGCUACGUCAAAGCCGGCUCUUCCCCUGAAUGGCUUCAGCCAAGAGAAAGAGGGAGAGAAUGGCAGCAGAACGGAGAAGCCAGACGAGGACUGGCCCGACUGGGAGGAUGCGGAGGAGAAAUCUGGCAAAUACCAGCCUGUACAAAUUAGCAUACAGCCUGCAGACAGUGACUCAGAAUUUCCAACCACUGCUGUAUAUGAUGAAGAAGGACCCUGGGAUGAUUUUGAAGAUUCUGAGGUCAUCUCCAAGCACUCAACUGCUACACCUCAUCCAGUCCCGUCGUCAAAGUCCUUAAGCGACAGUGCCAUAGAACCUGUAUCUGUACCAACUUCUGGACCCGCAAGAGCGUCUAAAGCACUCAAACUUAAUACUGCUUCAGUAAAAACUGCUUCUGAGCAGAAAAAUUUGUCUUCAGAUACAGGCUGGGAGCAGAACAUGAAAGAUACCAGGCCCAGCAAACCAGGUUUAACUACAGAAGCCAAACCUAAAAAUGGAUACAGGAGUGCAGGAGCUGGGGGACUAGGGGAGGAAUUCACCAUUGAGGUGAAGAAGAAACCAAAUAGGGAUCCAGAGCUGGACCUCUUCGCUGACAUGGUACCGGACAUAAAGCUGUCUUCUCCUAGCAUGUUCUUACCCAUAGGGAGUUCAGUCAGCAAGUCUGAAGGACCUCCAGCUGCACCAAUAUCUCACACUGAGCCAGACACUACACACUUAAACACACAGGAACUGACAGCCAAGUUUGCUGCAGUAGACCUGACAGAGGCUGAUGCGGAGGGCUGGGGUGACAGUGAUAUCAACUGGGAAGACGAGAACACCUGGUCGUGAUCACUGGAACUGUGAGCCAAAGGCUGUGCACAAGAUGUCAAUUCCUAAGACGGUUCAAAUGUGAAACUGAGUUGGAAACCAUCAUGACCGUUGUAGGCAGUUGAAAUGCCUCUUAACACUAUUGAAAGUGCAGAAGUGUAGCUUUAGGACUACUAAUUUGGUCAACAUGCAAUUAUGGGUAUUCUGAAUAUAUCACUCACUUCAAACUACGCUGUUAUAUUAGGGUUACCUUUUCCAGCUCACUUAUUUUAAUUGUAUAAGAGAGCACCAAGCCAUAAUGGAACUUGUGAAAGCUGUCAACUGUAAUUUAUUCUACAGGAUGUGAGCUCUUGUCUGUGGUAUCCAUGGUUUAAUAAUUCUGACCUUGACAUCUGGCAUGAUGUAAUCUUGAAUACAAUCACUUGAGUAAUGAAUCUGAUUGAUUGAUAAAAAUCAGGCAUUAGAAAUACUGUAUCAUGAGAUUUGCAAUCAGGGCUGUGAUGUUUGAGACUGGUCUCUCUCUUUUAAAACCGCACCAAGAAUGAAACUAUUAAUGAUAUGAAGUGUUAGUGUCUUGGUUUACUUGCCUCUCAGUCUUUUUGGGAACUUUGUGUAGCUCUUUGCCAAAUCCUGACUGAAAUGUAGCUUCUAGCUAUAAAGGCAUUUUCACUGGAAGUACACGUGCAGCAUUUGUCUACAGUUUUAGGGGUUUUGUUUGUGCCAUCAGUGGUUCAACUUAUUUCUGCUUAUAUUACAAGGAGCCUUAUACAAUAGCGACUUUCAACAUGAACAUGUGUAUAGUAUAUUGUUUAUAUAUAGUACACACACACAGACACAUUUUGUUUUAGGGGUGGGAUUUUGCUGAAGUAAAAGAGAAAAUGAUAUAAUUUAUUUGUAUUGCCAAAUGCUUAUCAAAUAAAAAAAGGUUUUAUGGUAUUUA